ACCCCUGGUCAGUGAGUAGGCCGGCCCGUCCGUCUUGUGUUUUUCCUCCUGCAAUUCCUUGUUCGGUGCAAGUGCGGCUGCUGCUGCUGCUACGCCUGCGUCUCUCGCGGGCAGGUCGCAUUCCGGGUAGGCUUCCCGUUCCCAAUUCCCCUCCCCCACCACCUCACGAGCGAGCAAAAGCAGCACUAGUCCUAGUGCGCAGCAAGGAAUCAAAGUGCACGCGCGGAGCAGGGAGGGAAGCGGAAGGGCUAGGGACCGUGGGCGCCCAUGUCGUCGCCGCCGCCGACCUCGCCGCCGGGUCCGCCUGCCAACGGGACGGCCCCGCCGCCGGCGACACCACCCCCGUCCAACUCGUCCUCCCCGUCGCCACCGGCUGGGACGCCCCCUCCCGCGACGCCUUCCGCACCGCCACCAAGGGGUUCUGCCACCCCGGUGACCCCCUCCACCCCGCCUCCCGCCCCACCGAGGACGCCCUCGCCCCCGUCGACCACACCCUCCCCGCCGUCCGAGAGGGGGACGCCGCCGUCCAACCCGGCGCUGUCGACGCCCGUGGUGGUGGGGAUCGCGGUGGGCGGGCUGGUUGCGCUGCUGCUCGGCAGCCUACUCUGCAUCUGCUUGUUCAAGAAGACCAAGAAGCGCCACCACCACCACCCGCCGCCGCCCCACCUCCUUCACUACUACGGCCACCCGCCCCCGCCGCCUCCUCCACCGCCGCCGUACAAAGGGGAUCAGUAUGGUGGGACGUACCAAAAUUGGCAGCAUAACGCCCCACCACCACCACCACCUGAUCAUGUGGUCAAGAUGCAUUCACAUCCUUCCCCUCCACCUCCUCCUCCGCUUAAUGUACAUAGUAGUAGUUCCGCUUCAAAUCACUCCGGUGGUGAGAGCCGCCCUCCACUGUCCCCUGGCAUUGCCCUUGGCUUUUCAAGAAGCACAUUUACUUACGAGCAGUUGAUGGCGGCAACCGAUGGAUUUUCUGAUGCUAAUCUGCUCGGACAAGGUGGUUUUGGGUAUGUUCAUAAAGGAGUGCUACCAAAUGGCACAGAGGUUGCCGUUAAGCAAUUAAGAGAUGGAAGUGGCCAGGGAGAGCGUGAAUUCCAGGCAGAGGUUGAGAUUAUCAGCAGAGUACAUCACAAACAUCUUGUAUCUUUGGUCGGUUAUUGCAUUUCUGGAGGCAACAGGAUGCUCGUUUAUGAGUUUGUUCCAAACAAUACAUUGGAAUUCCACUUACAUGGAAGAGGCCGACCAACCAUGGAUUGGCCAACAAGACUAAGAAUUGCUUUGGGUUCUGCGAAGGGAUUGGCGUAUCUUCAUGAAGACUGCCAUCCUAAGAUCAUUCACCGUGACAUAAAGGCCUCAAAUAUUCUUCUUGAUUUGAGAUUUGAAGCUAAGGUGGCAGAUUUUGGACUUGCAAAGUUCACUUCUGAUGCUAACACCCAUGUUUCAACGAGAGUAAUGGGAACAUUUGGGUACCUUGCACCUGAGUAUGCAUCAUCUGGCAAGCUCACUGAGAAAUCAGAUGUCUUCUCUUUUGGUGUAAUGCUUCUUGAGCUAAUAACAGGGCGGCGUCCUGUAAGUUCAAAACAAUCGCAUAUGGAUGACAGCUUGGUUGAUUGGGCAAGGCCUUUAAUGACACGAGCGUUUGAGGAUGGUAAUCACGAUGCUUUAGUGGAUCCCCGGCUGGGAAAUGAAUACAAUAAUAAUGAGAUGGAAAGAAUGAUAGCCUGUGCAGCUGCAUGUGUACGCCAUUCUGCACGCAGGCGGCCACGUAUGAGUCGGGUUGUCCGGGCCUUGGAAGGCGAUGUGUCUUUGGAUGAUCUAAACGAAGGCGUGCAGCCCGGUCGCAGCCGGUUCAUGGGAUCAUACAGCAGCUCGGACUACGACACCGGGCAGUACAACGAGGACCUGAAGAAGUUCAGGAAGAUGGCGCUCGGUGGCAGCGGCCUCCAGAGCAGCCAGCAGACGCCAACCAGCGAGUACGGCAAGAACCCGUCCGUGUCGAGCAGCGAUGGCCACCAGACGCAGGACAUGGAGAUGGGGAGCGUGAAGAAAGACGGCGACAGCGCUGGAGACAGCCGAGCUUCGUGAGAUAGCAUCUUCCUCUUGGGUUUUUGGACGUCUCAACUACCGCAAAUUUGUAAAUCCCCCGCUCCCAGCCUAGCUGAUUGGAUCGACAUAAUUCGCUGACCUGUUUGCAACGAACUGAAAUUGUUUGGUUGAGAUAGUUUUUGGCAGCUCCAGUUCACUGUUUUUUCCGCGCUUUUGCCACAACUCAAAGGUUCGUAAGUAUAGUUGGGUAUCUCCUAUAAAUUAAAUUCAUGACUCCA